AAUAGAAUAACCUAGUCUUUAUAAGCUUCAAAUAGCUUUGGGUAUCUCGAAUAAACUCAUCUUUACAAGAAUUAACAUUUCAAUUCAUUAUGUCAAUUGUUUUACUAGGAUAAAUUGGAUCAGGUAAGACCACCCUAUAUAAUAAAAUUACACUAUCAUAAGAAAAAACAAAAGCAGGUGGAAAUUCAGUAACUUUGAAUGUUUUUAUGAAAAAAUCAAGUUUUGGUUCAGGAUUUAAAGUAUUAGAUACCCCGGGCUUCGGAUCAGAUUCAUAAAAGAUAGAUCAUAUCGCUGGUGUUCUUUCUGCCUUAUCUGAAGGGCCCGUUAACAGAAUUGCUAUUAUAGUUAAAUUUGCCAGGACUGACGUGAUCAUUGAAGAUGUCAAAAAAAUUAUCCCUGCACUAAUGAAUUAUAGACACUUAAUGACAGUAAUAGUUACAUGUUGGGAUUAUUGUGAUAAAAGUGAUGAAGCGACAUAUAAAAAUGAUAUUCAGGCAAAGCUUGCAAAGUAUAAAAUAAAUUCAACAAUGUUCGUUGGUAAGAAUGAUGCUUCUGAGAGUAUUUGUGAAUAAAUUGAUCAAAUUAUUGCUAGAUCGACGGCAGAAAAUGUGAAUUUAACAGAUGCUGAAAUCUUCCAAAGUUUUGAUAUGGAAGAUUAUGAUGAUCUGGAGAUUUUAGAAAUCGAAGAGAAGAAAGCAUCAUUAAUAACUGCUUACCGUAAGUUUUCUAAAAUAGCAAAAGAAAAGAUAGAAAAGAACAAUAUUUCUAAGGGAUUAUUAACAGAUUAUUUAUAUGCAAUUACUUAGUUUGCAAAAUAACAUGUUGAGGAUACUAUGAAAAAAUUUGAGAAUGAUAAAUUCAAAUAAAUAGAUAAAUUGGGUGAAGUAGAAUAACUUAAGGCAUUUCAAAUUCAUUUUUAACUCAAGAGCACUUUGUUUUUCGAAUAUGAAUAUAUUGUUGAAUUGGCCCAAAAAAUAACCCACAAAGAAAAACAUUUCUCCAAAUUUGUAAAAAAAUGUUAUCAUUGUGGUUAAAUUUGGUUCAAAUCAGCUGGUUGUGAGGGCCCGACUUACUGUGGGCGUCUGAAUGAUGAUCAUACAGAUGAAUUCUUAGGUAGAGAAGAGGCUCCUUAACAAUUUAAAGUUGCUUACAUUAAAGAUGAAUUGAUUGUUACAUAAGUUGAGUCUGCGAAACCACAAUAAGUAGUUCUAAGUGAGAAAAAUAAACAAAAUUUAAUGAUGGAUGAGAAAAUCAAGUAAUCUGUUGAAAGAGUGACUUUGGGCUGUGAAACAUUCAACGUAGGUGGAAUGGGAUGUAGAAAAAUAAUAGAGUGGUAGUAAAUGAAACCAUUGACAGAUGAAGAAAUGAAAGAAAUUUUAGGUAUUUUGGAUCUUAAAUUGUGUGAGAAAAUGGUUGAAUAAGAAAAACUAACAAAAUAGAAAACCUUGAACUAGCAAAUCUAAUAUCAAAAUGAAUUAAAUGAGAAAAUAAAGGAAUAAAAAGCAAAACUUAAAAAAGCAGCAUGA